CUCUCUCUCUCUCUCUCAAUGGAAGUCCAAAGAAGCCGAAACAAUUAAACCAGAGAGUCCCCCACCAGCAUGGACCCGCCCAACCCGAACCCGCCAUCCAUGCGGGUCCUAAUCCGCCCGCCUCCAUCUUCCACCGCCACUUCACCUUCUCCCCAAACCAUUCCCAUUCCCUCCACCGAUGGCCUAGUCGUCGUGGGCUUCAUCGGCCGGAGCGCCGACGACUCGUCCCAGCUCAUCAAUCGGAUCCUCGACUCCAACGUCUUCGGGUCGGGCAACCGCGCCAAAACCCUCGGCGUCGAGGACGAGGAGGAGCUUAAAGACUGGCUGAACGGGCGGAGAAUCAGUUACUUUCAUGACGAGCGGAAGGGGAUUCUGUUCUUGCAAUUCUCCUCCGCACUGUGCUCCGCCGCGGACGACGGGUCGUCGGAGUCCGGGUCGGGUUUCGACAGUGCGUUUGAAGAGCACGACUUUGGUGACCUCCAGGGGAUGCUUUUCAUGUUCUCUGUUUGUCAUGUUAUUAUAUAUAUUCUGGAGGGUUCGCGGUUUGAUACUCAACUCUUGAAAAAGUUUCGACUGUUGCAAGCUGCCAAGCAUGCUUUGGCUCCUUUAGUAAGACCGCGGAAUGUGCAGUCAGUGCCGUCCAAGCCCUACUCGUCGUCGUCCUCACGGCCUACCACGUCGGCAAGUUCUUCUAAGAAUUCUUCUCCAGGUAGAAGUGGUGGCAUGUUGACUCGCAAUAAUUCUGGCGUUUCGGUGAUGUCGGGAUUAGGUUCGUUCACUUCUUUGUUUCCGGGACAGUGUACCCCUGUCACGCUGUUUGUUUUUGUUGAUGAUUUCUAUGAUUUGUCAAGUCCCAGCUCUAAUAUGGAGGAUGCGGCAGAUACACCCUCACUUAAUCAGCCUUCUAGUUUGGGUACUUCAGCAAGGCCGGGUUUGCCUGUUAAAGGUUCUGGCUCAGUCGUUGUGCUAGCACGCCCUGUGAGUAAAUCUGAGGGUAGUUUUAGGAAGAAGUUGCAGUCAUCCCUAGAAACACAAAUUCGUUUCUUAAUUAAGAAGUGUAGAAGACUCUCAGGUUCUGGAACUAGUAAUGCUGGGUCUAGAAAUGGUGGUGCUUCAGGUUCUGCACCUCUGUUUUCACUCGAUGCAUCAAAGGCAGUUCUGUUGUUAGAUAGGUGUACUAAUCAGAGAGGUGAGGCACUUGAGUUUGCUACUGGUCUCGUGGAAGAUGUUCUGAAAGGGAAGACGACCUCAGAUUCUCUUUUGCUUGACAUUCAUGGACAAAAUGCAAGCAAAGAGGAUGUAAUAUCAGUGAAGGAGUUCAUUUACAGGCAAUCAGAUAUUCUCAGAGGGAAGGGGGGAGUUGUAACAAAUUCCAAUAGCGGUUCAGCUGCUGGUGUAGGUAUGGCUGCUGUUGCUGCAGCCGUCGCUGCUGCAACAUCAACUACAUCUGCAAAGACAUUUAAUGCUCCCGAGCUUCCAACUCUACAAAUUUGGUUAUCUUCCAGUCAAAAAAUUCUUCAUGGGGUUCUUUCAGCAAAAGGUGGCUGCAUAGAUGAAACACAAAUUAGCAAAAGAAAACCUCCUACAAGAAACACUGUUCCACUGCCAGCUGAAGUAGUUUCUUCAAAAGGUGUGGAUCCCCUAGAUUUAGCAGUAUCUUGGUUGGAAAGUGGUAAUAAAAUGAACUCAAGGUUUUCGACUUUGUGGUGUGAAAGGACCCUUCCAGCUGCCAAAGAGGUUUAUCUGAAAGACUUGCCUGCUUGUUACCCAACUUCGCAACAUGAAACUCAUCUUGAGAAGGCUUUGCUUGCUUUCCAUUCAAUGGUAAAAGGACAUGCAGUGCAGCAUUUUGCCAAAAAGUUGGAGGAUGAGUGCACCUCCAUCUGGAAAUCUGGAAGGCAACUGUGUGAUGCUGUUAGUUUGACUGGAAAACCCUGUAUGCACCAGAGACAUAAUGUUGAUACUAGCGGGUCACUCUUAGGAGCCACUGUGAAGCAACAUUCCAGUGGAUAUGUUUUUCUCCAUGCCUGUUCUUGCGGCCGUUCACGCAGACUACAAUCUGAUCCUUUUGAGUUUGAAUCAGCAAAUAUUACUUUUAGUUGCUUUCCGGAUUGUCACAAGCUCCUCCCUACACUUCAAUUACCUGAAGUAAGUACUUCAGGGCCUAUUCAAUCUUCCUCAUGGAGUUUGAUUCGCAUUGGGGGUGCAAGGUACUAUGAACCUUAUAAAGGCUUGCUUCAAAGUGGGUUCUGUUCCACUCAGAAGUUUCUUUUAAAAUGGACAAUAUCUAUGGAGAUACAUAAAAGUUCGAUUGAGUUAACUGCCAAAGCAGUGGAUCAAGGUUCUGCAGUUUGGGCUGGUAUGAAUCUUAAGCUUGAUACUAAAGCUGAUGUGCAGUUUCAAUCGAAGGAGUUACAAUCCAGAGUUGAAGGCCAUCGAAAACCUGCAGAGGACGUAGUGUCUGAUGAUAAUAGAAUCAGUUUUGGUAAAGGUCUACCCAACUUUACCAUGAGAAAACCAUUUUCUGAGGUGGUUGCUGGAACAGCAGCCACAUAUUCAGGAUUUCCUCCUAUCCAGCUGAGGAAUUUUUUUUCAUCCAGUUUAGAUAAGAGUUCCAAGCAAAUUCGGUCAAGGGAUCAGAAUGUGGAGCAGACUAGUGAUAAAGAAACUCAAAAAUCUAAAGAUAAUUUGCCUGUUCAAGGAACAGCGGGUGGGAUUAGUAGCACAGAUGCUGAUCCUUUUCUACAAAUAGGCAGUAAUGUGGUCCCUAUGAACCUAAACAGCAUUGACAGCUCCAAACAGAACCCUUCUUUCAAGCAUGUAACAAUGUAUGUUGGGUUCGAGCAUGAGUGCCCCCAUGGCCAUCGUUUUUUAUUAAAUCCAGAGCAUCUUCUUGAGCUUGGGCCCUCCUAUCAGUUGCCUGAAGAAUGUCAAAAAGUGAAAUCAGACUAUAUUCGGGCAGAUUCUUCAAAAUCAAGUAGGAAUGGUUUUCAUGGUAAAGCCCAUCGAAAUGCAAAUAGGAUCACUACUACAGGCACUAAUAGGGAGAGAAAUGCAAAUAGGUCAAAAGAUAUUGUAACUAAUGGUAUCCCGAAUUCAGACGGGAUGAUACAGAACUCAGGACCAGGAAAGGAGCAAAAUCAAACUAUUAGUGUGUCAGCAGUUCCUAAUUUUUCCAAACAUGAUGAAAGGAGCUUUCAGUCUGUUAAUUUUGAUGAUGAUGGAUUUGCUUUCUCCAUGCUGAAUAGAAAUUUACCAAUCUAUAUGAAUUGCCCACUCUGCAGGGUCUCUAAGAAUAAGCAGGAUCCUCCAAAUGCUAAGUUCUCGGGGACCAUAUCACAGCUUCAACGCAUUUUUAUGGUUACGCCUCCAUUUCCAGUCAUAUUAGCCACUUGUCCAGUGGUACAAUUUGAGGCAUCAUGUCUACCCCCAUCAAUCCCAGAACGUGAAAGGAAGUUGCAGUUCAGCCUCGGAUGCCAAGUGAUAUUACCUCCAGAGAGUUUCCUUACUCUUAGACUCCCAUUUAUAUAUGGUGUAGAGCUGGAGGAUGGAAGUAUACAUUCUCUAAAAUGUUUAGAUCACCAACCAGAGAUUACUGCUUGGAUUUCCAAAGGAACGACAUUACAGGUCAUAUCCAAAAGAUAUAGCAUUGGUCAAGAUUAAUAUCUCACAUAAGUGUUCUGUGGGGUGUGGCAAGUACAUCCAUGCUUGAGUUGGCAAAGAGAAUUGUUUGGUUGGCUCAGGCGAUGGAUCUCUAUGGAUGUUAAAGGAUGGUACGUAUCAUGAUUGGUAAAUUCUGACCUCAAAGCACAUACGUGAAGGGACCCUCUGCAGCCAGGUAAUAU